AAUGGGACAUAACUCCGGUACCUCUUCCUGUUUAUUUGCUGAGAAAUGGAAGUCGAUUUCAGGAUCUUCAUCGUUGUCAACGUAUCAUACUCCAAGUUGAAUUUUACGGAAUGAAUCAAGACCUGCCUCAAUAAUCUAUACAAACGUAAUUUUAUGGCGAUUGGAUAAUAUAAACAUGAAAUCGACUGGUAGUGAGACUCUUUUCUUGUUUCUCUUGUCUCUUAUUCAAAUUACAGGAAGCAGGACCACAACAUUAAGAUGCGAAUCUUUGCUUCUUGGCCAAUACACAUGCAAAGAACCUGAGAUUGACACAGAAACACAAAGUGCAAAGGGAUGCAGAGAGAACAGGACUGUUUUAAUUCAAUGUAUGCCAGCUGAAGAAAUCAGUUGUAUUGGACUGGACGGGAAGGCUAUGACUUACAAUGGAACUGUUGUAGGAUUCUUAAAAGAAGCACCUUGCAGAUGGACCAAUGGAUACUCUUUUGAGACCUCUUUAUUAUUAUCCAUUUUUCUUGGGAUGUUUGGAAUUGACAGAUUCUAUCUCGGAUAUCCUGCUAUUGGUUUACUGAAAUUUUCUACACUAGGGUUUUUCUUCCUAGGACAGCUUGUAGACAUUUUAUUGAUUGCCACCCAAGUAGUGACUCCAUCAGAUGGAUCAGACUAUGUCAUUGAUUACUAUGGAGCAGGCCUCACAAGGAUAGUCAUGGAUAAAUUCACAUAUGUUAAACCUCCAGAUUCCUAAGAAAAUGUUUAACUGUACAUGUGAUAAUAAAAAAAUCCAUUAACAUUCACUCAUAUUCAUAAAGUAGCUGGAUCCUUUCAUGUGACAAUUUUGUUGAAAUCCACAACCAUGAAAUAUCUGAGUAGUUAAUUUGACUUGAAGAUAAUUUGAAAUGCAUCAUAAAUAUAUGGGUCUGACUUGAAUGAUAUCUCAUGUAAAGUUGCAGUUUGUCGAUUUAGAAACAAGAAGAUUAAAUUAUUUUGAAUCAAG